AUGACAGGAGCAGAAACACGAUCGAAAUCUACAGACGAAUCAAUUAAGAAGUUGGAAACCCAAUUGCAGAAUUACAUGUUAUCUAAUGAUUCAAAAAUUGAUGAAUUAGGUAACAAAAUCGAGAAAUUGAUGGAGAAGAUCAUUGUGCCUCAAGGAGGAAUUCUGGGUAGUGCACCAGCUGAAGGAAUGCAAAUCAUGGGAUCUGGUGGUCGAACUAGAGCUGGAGAAAGUGGUGAAACCUCAUUUGGUCGAUCCCAAGGGAAUUAUCUUCAUUCCAAGUGGGAAAUUCCCUAUUUUGACGGGUACAAUCACAUAAUUGAUCCACAGCAGAAACUGGAGGAAGUUGUACUUCACCUUAAUGGUAAGGCAGAGUCUUGGUUAUUUUCCUAUCAUGUUAGCAAGGGUAUUGUUAGAUGGGCAGAUUUUACAACAGAAAUCUGUAACAAAUACGAAGGUGCAACUAACAGUAAACUCAAUCUAACUGGGAAAUUUAAAAACAUAGAACAAAAAGGUAUUGCUAAUGAAUAUUUGGAGCAAUUUGAAGAUUUAAAGGCUUGGGUGCUGAUUCGAAAUCCCACUAUACCUGAGGAUUUUUUCUUAGAGUUUUUCAUUGAAGGACUCAAGGAAGAAAUCAGACACCCUGUUAAACUACUAGAACCAUACUCAUUUAGUAAGGCUGUGGAGAAAGCUAGGCAUCAGGAGAAUAUGAUGGAGUACCUAAACAAGAAGGAAGGGACACAAAGAAAUAAGGGCUUAACUACCAACUACUCUACUCAGAUCACUAGAGCACCUAACAAUUCAGUGAGUGGCCAAGGCAAUAAACUGUUUGAGAAUAGAAGAGCUCAAGGACUGUGUUACAAGUGUGGAGAGAAGUAUUAUCCUGGGCACCAGUGCAAACAGAGACAACUAAAUGCUAUCUUUGCUAGCACUGAUCAGGAGAACAUUGAAACAGAGGGCACAGGAAUUGAAGAAAUAGAGCCUUACUUCCAGGAAGAGGAAGUAGUAGAUGAAGCCAUUAGCUUAAAUGCCUUAUCAGGAACUGAGGUUCCUAAUACUAUCAGACUGAGGGGUGAAUCUAAGAAAAAUAGUAUGUCAAUUCUGUUGGACUCGGGGAGUACACACAGCUUUCUAGAUAUAGAAACUGCUAAAAAAAUGGGAUGUACUAUCAAGGAUACCUCCCCUAUGAGAGUGACUGUGGCUAAUGGAAACCAUGUGAUGAGUUAUCACACUUGUCCACUCUUUAAGUGGAAGAUCCAAGGGGUAGAAUUUGAAGAUUCAGUGAGGUUGAUUAGAUUGGGAGGGAAUGAGAUAAUUUUAGGAGGGGACUGGAUGAAGAAACACAAGCCUGUACUUUUGGAUUUUAUAGAGUACAAGGUGGAGGUGACUCAUAGAGGAAAAAGAGUGGAGUUGAAAGGGAUUUACAGCCAAGGGGAACUAAAAAGUAUGUCUGCCUAUGGGGUGAAACAGUUACUCAAGAAAGGGAAGACAGUUUGGGCUCACCUAUUCACUAUUUCAGCUACAGAAGAGCAAGAGGAAAGGGAGAUACAUGCAGCAAUCAGCACACUCCUCAAUCAGUUUGUAGAUGUAUUUGUUGAGCCUACUUCCUUACCACCCAAGAGGAAUCAUGAUCAUCACAUUCCCCUGAAGACAGAUGCUAAUCCAGUCAGUAUUAGACCAUACAGGUACAAUUUUUUUCAAAAGAAUGAAAUAGAGAAGCAAGUAAAUGAGAUGCUACAUAAUGGACUGAUACAACCCAGUCAUUCUCCUUUUUCUUCCCCUGUACUUUUGGUCAAAAAGAAGGAUGGUAGUUGA